AUGCCUCCGAUCCGAACCUCCAAAAAUCGCAAACCGCCACCAGCUGGCUUCGAUGAUAUAGAAGAUACGCUGCUGGAGUUCAACAACAAAAUGAAAGAUGCAGAGAAUGCCUCGCAUGAUGGGAAAAAGAAACAUGAGAUGUUGUGGCCUAUUUUCCAAAUAAGCCAUCAGCGCUCCAAAUACAUUUAUGAUCUCUAUUAUGAAAAAGAAGCUAUAUCAAAGCAGCUAUACGACUGGCUUCUGAAGAAUAAUUAUGCUGACGCGAACCUAAUCGCAAAGUGGAAGAAACAGGGGUAUGAAAAGCUCUGUUGUCUCCGCUGCAUGCAAACCAAAGAAACCAACUUUAACGCAACCUGUAUCUGCCGUGUACCCAAAGCGCAACUCAAAGAAGACCAGAUGAUCCAGUGUGUCAGCUGCGGCUGUCGAGGCUGUGCAAGCAGCGAUUAA